AUGGGGAGUAAAGACUGGAGCGCAGCCCAGUAUCUGAAGUUUGAAGCCGAACGGACCCGUCCAGCAAGGGACCUCCUUGCCCAGGUGCCCUUGACGGCCCCGAAACGGGUGGUCGACCUGGGUUGCGGGCCUGGUAAUUCGACAGAGGUGCUCUGGAAGCAGUUCCCACAUGCUCACGUCGUGGGUCUCGAUUCGUCUCCUGACAUGAUCGAAAAGGCGCGAAAGAGGCUGCCUGAACUCGACUUUACCCUAGGCGACUUGAGCUCGUUUGACCAUGCGGAACCCGCCGAUCUGCUUUACUCCAACGCCGUGUAUCAAUGGCUGCCCAAGGAAAGACGCAUUCCGAUAUUCGUCGACUUGAUCAAAACGCUGAAGCCGGGCGGCGUGUUCGCUUUUCAAGUACCUGACAACUUUUCAGAGCCCUCCCAUGUUGCCAUGCGCGAACUUGCCGAUGAGGGUCCGUGGUCUGAAACCCUCAGACGACUACAUCCAGCUCGCAAUCCAUUUCAGUCUCCUCAAGAGCUCUACAGUCAUCUGAAGCCUCUGUGUUCAGAUAUCAACAUCUGGCAUACCCAUUACUAUCACAUCCUGCAGGACCACAAGGCCAUCGUGGAGUGGGUGAAAGGAACAGGUCUGAGACCAUACGUCGAUCCUCUGUCGGCUUCGGAGAAAGAAGCAUUCCUCGACGCAUAUUUGAAACGAAUCGAGGAAGCAUAUCCGCCCCUUGUUGAUGGAAAAGUCUGCUUUCCCUAUCCUCGCCUGUUCCUGGUGGCAAUUCGGGCUUGA